CCCGGCAGGCGCGGGCCCGCACUGCCGGACAUGGGGCAGGGGGAGGCGGAUUCGCCGCCGGCGGCUGAGAAGAAAGGGGCGGAGGAGGAGGAGGAGGAUUUCGGCUACCGACUCUUCCCGGACCGGAAUAAGAAGCCGCAGAGCUUCCUGGUCCGCAGCCUCUUCACCUUCCACAACAAGUGCCAGCUGAUGCUGAGGCUGACCCUGGAAACGAAUCCAUAUGCUCGACUUCUUCUUGAGGCUCUGAAGCAAUCUGGUUGCACUGUCUUCAAUGACCGGCACUUUUCUUGUGAAAACUGUGAUGGCUGUGUCAGUGGAGGUUUUGAUGCUGCCACAUCUCAGAUUGUUCUGUGUCAGAACAACAUUCGCCGACAGUCCCAUAUGAACCGGGUGGUCACACAUGAAUUGAUUCAUGCAUUUGAUCACUGCCGUGCGCAUGUUGACUGGUUUAAAAAUGUCAAACACUUAGCAUGUUCAGAGAUUCGAGCUGCUAAUCUCAGUGGAGACUGUACUUUGAUGAAUGAAAUAGCCAGGUUUAAAUUUGGAUUGAAGGGGCACCAUCAGACUUGUGUACGAGACAGAGCAAUUCGUUCCAUUCUGGCUGUUAGAAAAGUUAGCAAAGAAACAGCAGAAAAAGCUGUGGAUGAAGUUUUUGAUGCCUGCUUCAAUGAUCUGGAACCUUUUGGAAGAAUCCCACACAGCAAGGCAGAUGCAAAACGUGCUUACAGAGACUUUCAGAACAGAGAUCGCUAUACUGCUAAUUUGUAAGGGUGGAGGGGAAAGCCACGUGAGGAAUUACAUUAAUACCUGAUUGUUCAGUAACAUCUGGAGUUACAGUCCAUGCCCACAGUGCACGUGGAAAGGGCAAAUCUAUCAAGCGUAUUAAUUAAUUUUUUAGACAUUUUUUGUGAGCCAACUUCCAUGGAAAUAAAUGGGGUAAAUGAACAAGACUAAAAAUGGUGCUUGCUCACCUUAUUCCAGAAAGAUAAUUUAGUAUGCCAAAUGACUCGUCAAAUACAAUUCAAUGUGCUUUUUUCACUCUGACUGACUAGGACUUGGUUUCUGAAAUUUUGUUGCCACUGAAUAAAUCUUUCCAUAAAAUCUUCAUGUUUUCCCUGUCUUUUGAUACACAGUAAUGAACUUGACAAUCUUCAUUGCUUUAUUUUAAAAGAUGGGCCCCUGAACUACAGCUCUGUGCUCUAGAUUUAAUAACUAUGGGUAAACCCAAAAUUUAGUAACUGCCACAUUUGCUUUUGAGCACCUCCUGAAAUUCUUGGGUGGUUAUCAUUUCCAGUGGUGGGAGAACUUUUGUGACUUGAGUCCUUUAUGCCUUGAAUAUGCUGCUCAUGUCCUCGUUGUCUGGUAUUGGAGGACCAGGUAUGAUGAUCAGUGUUGCCUUCUCCUG